AUGGAGAAUGAACUACACAGACGAGAUCAUCUUGGGGUCCAAGAUUUUGUUUUAUUAGAAGAUUACAAAAGUCAAGAUGCCUUUCUUAACAAUCUACGCAAACGAUUUGAAGGAAACUUAAUUUAUACUUAUAUAGGACCAGUAUUGGUAUCAGUGAACCCCUAUCAUGAAUUAGAUAUCUACAAUCAAAAAUUUAUUGAAACAUAUCGCAAUGUCAACUUUUAUGAAUUACCACCACAUGUAUUUGCUAUAGCUGAUGCCUCGUAUCGUUCUAUGAGGGGUGAGAAUCAUGAUCAAUGUAUAUUAAUAUCAGGAGAAUCUGGCGCCGGAAAGACUGAAGCCUCCAAGAAAAUCUUACAAUAUAUAGCUGCUAGUAGUACCCAUUCUGAAGAUGUUGAAAGAGUAAAAAACAGAUUGUUACAAUCAAAUCCUAUUUUAGAGGUGGGUUGA